UGCCACUCACAAUCCGUCGCCUAGUUAUGUGUUGGGAAAAGGACUCCGCGAAAUAGCAGCGAUGUCAGUCCAGGUUUUGGCAGCGGAAAUGGCCGAGGUCGAAUUAAAAGACGUCCCCAGCAAAGAAUUAACACCCGAAUCGCCUCUGACAACAAAGGCAGACGACAAAGGGAUAGUUGAAAGCGAACCAAAAGCUGCCGUUCCUUCGGCUACUACCCCAACGAUGGAGCCUAUCGUAAAAACCGGGGACCCGAGCCCGGGUUUUCUCACCCCGAACACUAAGAUGCCGCAGGCGUCCGCGAUGAAACGGACAGAUCCCCAACAAAACGGUGGAGAAGCUUUCGUAAAUCGCGACGGUACGGUGGCAGAGGCCCCAAGAUUGAAAAAGAUCCAGUUUGCGGACCAAAAACAAGAGUUCAACAAACGUCCCACCAAGAUCGGCCGCCGCUCUCUGUCCCGAUCCAUCUCCCAGUCCUCCACAGACAGCUACGGCUCAGCUGCGUCGUACACGGACAGCUCUGACGAUGAGACCUCUCCUCGGGACAAGCAGCAGAAGAACUCCAAGGGCAACGGAGACUUCUGCAUCAAGAACAUCAAGCAGGCCGACUUCGGACGCAGGGAGAUCGAGAUCGCUGAGCAAGAGAUGCCAGCCCUCAUGGCCCUGAGGAAGAGAGCCCAGGGAGAGAAGCCGCUGGCUGGGGCCAAAGUAGUGGGCUGCACCCACAUCACAGCUCAGACAGCCGUGUUGAUGGAGACGCUGUCUGCCCUGGGGGCUCAGUGCAGGUGGGCUGCCUGUAACAUCUACUCCACGCAGAAUGAGGUGGCAGCUGCUCUGGCCGAGGGAGGGUUCUCUGUGUUCGCGUGGAAGGGCGAGUCGGAGGAUGACUUCUGGUGGUGCAUCGAUCGCUGCGUCAACCUGGAGGGCUGGCAGCCCAACAUGAUCCUGGAUGACGGCGGAGACCUGACCCACUGGAUCUAUAAGAAAUACCCCAACAUGUUCAAGAAGAUCAAAGGCAUCGUGGAGGAGAGCGUCACUGGAGUACACCGGUUGUACCAGCUGUCCAAGGCGGGGAAGCUGUGUGUCCCGGCCAUGAAUGUCAACGACUCUGUGACCAAGCAGAAGUUUGACAACCUCUACUGCUGCAGGGAGUCCAUCCUGGACGGUCUGAAGAGGACCACUGAUGUAAUGUUUGGGGGAAAACAGGUGGUUGUGUGUGGAUAUGGAGAGGUGGGGAAGGGCUGCUGUGCUGCUCUCAAGGCCAUGGGCUCCAUCGUGUACGUCACAGAGAUCGACCCCAUCUGUGCCUUGCAGGCCUGCAUGGAUGGCUUCAGACUGGUGAAGCUGAAUGAAGUGAUCAGACAAGUGGACAUUGUCAUCACUUGCACAGGAAAUAAGAACGUGGUGGUGAGAGAAUACUUGGACCGUAUGAAGAACGGCUGUAUCGUCUGCAACAUGGGACACUCAAACACCGAGAUCGACGUGGCGAGCCUGCGGACCCCGGAGCUGACCUGGGAGAGAGUUAGGUCACAGGUGGACCACGUCAUCUGGCCCGACGGCAAGCGGAUAGUGCUGCUGGCAGAGGGUCGUCUGCUGAACCUAAGCUGCUCUACGGUCCCCACCUUUGUCCUGUCCAUCACCGCCACCACCCAGGCCCUGGCUCUGAUAGAGCUGUACAACGCCCCGGAGGGACGUUACAAACAGGAUGUCUACCUGCUGCCCAAGAAGAUGGAUGAGUAUGUGGCCAGUCUUCACCUGCCCACGUUCGAUGCCCACCUCACAGAGCUGAGUGACGAGCAGGCCAAGUACCUGGGCUUGAACAAGAACGGGCCCUUCAAGCCAAACUACUACAGGUAUUAAACCAACUCUGAAAUGAAGAAAAUACCAUGGCUCCAAAAAUCGUACAGAACCAAGAAGAAAGGAGAGAGGAGGACGGAAUAGUCACACACCUGCUUUUUACAAGAGGGGAGGAGCUGUGUGCUAAUUGCUCAGAGUGGAGGGCGUGGCUUACCUGCGCUUUGGCAGUGUUUUAUUUAUUUCCGCUAGAAUAAUGUAACUCUAACCUUUUUUGAGCUGCUCCUGCCAUUUUGGGCUCCUUAGCAAGCGUCUCCUGGAGAUUUCAUCGUCUUCUCUAAGCUACUUGUCUGUCUGUCAGUCGUACGUAAACUCCGUUGCGAGUUCUUUUUAUUGUUCGUUUAAAAACUAAUGAAGACUUAAUGAAGAAAAACAAAUGUACAAAAAAAUCUCUGUGUGAAUGAAAGAUGACCUCUGAAGAUUUAGGGAUGGACGUGUGGUUCAUGUCCUGUUGUCUGUCUUUACCUACUCUUGAUUUUUGUUUUGUUUUCAAAGAUCAAUUGAAAGGGAUUAGAUGAAGAGGUGGGAGGGGGGAGGUCAUUGGGUCCAAUCAUGUCCUGUCUUUGAUCAUUUGAUUCAGAUUUAUUCUCUGUCCUUGUUUUUAAGUAUGUUUUAAUGCGUUUGUUCUCCUAUUCCCCCCCAAUCAAACUGGACAGUGACAGGUGUGGGGGCGGGGUCUUUCCCUGUGAUUGGUUGGGACCUCUCUCCCGCACCUAUCACUCAAACACAGUGAAUCCAUCUCAGCUCCCUGUACCACAGCCUCUCAAUAAUGAACUAUGUUCUUCAGCUCCCAAACUGCUCACAUGAUGCUAGUGUUAUAUGAAAAGUAUUUUGCCGACCAGAGUUUAUGACAUCCAUCCACGAUGUCCGGAGCUAGAUUCUCCUUUCAAAGCAUUGUACUGUAUUAUAAACUGAGUAGUUCGAGCCCUGAAUGUUGAUUGGCUGAAAGCCGUGGUAUAUCAGACCGUAUACCACCAUUGCAAAACAUUUAUUUUUACUGUUCUAAUUAUGUUGGUAACCAGUUUAUAAUAGCAUUAAGGCACCUCAGGGGUUUGUGGUAUAUUGGAAAUGUACCAGGCACUCUGCGUUGUGUUGUACUCAAGAACAGCCCUUAACACAGGUAUAUUGGCCAUAUACCACAAACUCCCUCGUACCUUAUUGCUUAAUUAGAGGCAUGACAGGUAUGGGAGAUCAUUACAAGGGGAUAUAUUUAUGUAGAAAUGUCGAUUUUUAUAUCUUUCCUCCACCCAUCUAAUAUCUUACCUUUGAAAUUAAACAUCUGUCUCGUUAUAAAGAUAAGCAAUUAAAUGUUAUGAUAAAUGUUCUGGAUGAUUUUUUUGAAAACUGUGACAGACUAUUUCAGUGAGAUACCAAAUGUACGGCCAGGCUGGUAGUAGUUUCUUUGGCCAAGUCCUCAAUAGUAAGCUGCCGUAAGCAAACCUGUACAGUAAUUACAGCGUUAAAACCAAUUAGCCAUUGUCGGGCGUUAGUUGUGAUUUUAACAGCAGUGAGGCUAUAGCUUGAUGACUGGGUCAUUACAUAUGCUUGUAAUUAGUUGGGGACCUACAUUUCACACGUUCCAAAAAAGAGUCACCACUUCAGACAUCAGUUUACCUCAUUGUUCCAAUUUAUUAUGCAUUUCUGAUAAAAGGUCAUAGUCACCUUAUAAAUGUCCAAGAUUUGGUGUCUUCGUUAGUUUGAGUUUUUCUGUUGAGGGCCAAACUCCUCUGGUACGAUUAUUAGUCCGGCUUCAUUUCCUCAACGUUUUUAGAUUCAGCUUUGUUAGAAAUCCCAGCGGUUAGGGUUUUCACCUGAACCAAAAGCCCGUACUACAAGCCAGCUGGGAGGAACCAGCUUUUCUUCUCAUUUUUUGAUGUAUUUUUUUUUUUACAUCGUAUAGAACGGACUUAAAUCCCUGAGAACAUACACCCAUAUGCUCCCAUGUUAAUUAUGCCCAUACUAUACAUUCUAAAAUGUCACUGUGUUCAUGUCAUACUCGUGAGCUACCAUUUUAUUCCCCAGCCUCCAUAAUAACCAUCUUCCAAGUCGGAGGCCCCCUCUGUGUGACCAUCCAUACAACCCAUAUUUCUGUUUGUCUGACAUUUUAGAACAUGAUUCUUGUGCUGAUUAUCUCAUCUGUUAGAGUGGUUUAUCGUGUCUGACCGUGUGAGCCAGUGAGCGAGUGAGUGAGUGUGUGUUAGGCUCAUGUGUAGUAGGACAUGGUUGCUUCGAUGCCGUUGUCUCAGGAUCAUAGCCCGUGCGUUCCGGGGGUGAAAGAGCAUUAGUCGGUCCAAUAGCUGCAUCACGUGGGCAGGGUUAACGCCAGCAUCUUGUAUGGUUAACUCAAAAGUAUAGGAAUUACAGCAUAUCAACUCUUGUAUUUAUUGUUCGCAAAUCCACAGUCAGUACAAAUGGAAAAUUCUUCUCAAAUUUUUAAGUUGUCGGAACAAUGUUUAAAUAUUGCAAGUGAUAAUGAUAGAUGAGCAAUAAUAGAUCUGUAAUCUUAAAGAAUAAAAAUGUCAUUGUAUCAACCUU